AUGGACGAUACCCCCGUAAACACAAUCCCCAAACCUUGGCGUUUUAUACUGAAAUGCGCGAGACUUGAACAAAUGCUUGUCUCUAUGAAAAAAAUAACGACGUCCUUCAUCCCACAGCAGCGCCUAAAAAUUCUCCGGAUUGACUUCAAUCAUCUGGACAUUGCUUCUGGUAUAACUUCGCCUUCUGUCACGCGCUUUUUCAUGCCACGGACAAACACACCUAGGAUAGAGAAGAUAGUUGCAGAUCCAAGCUGGGAUUGGUUUCUAUCUCAGAAAGGCAAUUUCGGCAAAGGAACUCACUGUGCAAACUAUCUACUUCGGCGUGUGUUCAUGGACUACCAGGACUGGAGUAUUCCGGAAUUUUGGCCCUACGAGCUGGAUGGAGCGAAAAGCGAGGAAGACAAUAAUGAUAAAUAUCCUACUGUUCAAAAGUCAGGUCACUUUGAUAAAACUGAAGACGACAAGGUGAGCGAUGGAGAGGACAAACCGGAUGAUCAAGAAUCCAGCGAGAAUGAGGAAAUAUACAGUGACAAGGCUAAAGAAGGGGAAAUUGUGGACCCGAAAAGCCAUUAUGAGAGUGAUAAAGAUGGCGACAAGAGCGAAGAGAGCGAUGACGAGAAUCGCAAAUCGAGUGAUAAAAGUCGCGAGAAAAGCGAGAAAAGUGACAAGGGAGUCAAUGAUGACCAUGAGAUGGUGAUUGCGAAUGCUUUGGACCUGGAGAUUCGCAAUUACCAGACAGAUGACUGGUCAGUCUACUGGUACCAAAGACUGUACGAUCUUGAUCUCCCAGACAAAACACACGGAAUCAGUAUCGCCAGGUCGAUGGACCUAGAUCACCCUCGCAAAUCGCAUACAUGGGCUCUGGUAGAUGUGAUCUUGUGUGGUCACGAUCGCCCCUCGACUGCUGAGCUCAUAGCCUUAGUUAGCUGGGGGUUGAGAGGCAUGUUUCAUCAAUUAGAUUCGCUCGCCAACGGAAUUGAGACAGAGGAUGUUCAUAUGCUCAGUGAAGUUUUUCCAAUUAUGAUCAUAGUGUUCGACCAAAGAUGCUGUGCCCGUGUACUAUAUGGCUACUUUGAUGGUAGAUUCCAAGUUCAAUUUACCCCGGUCUUGAAUUUUCAAGAAUUUACCGAGAUCAGAUCGUCAACCUUGGACGGUUACAUGGGUCAAAUUGAUAAGAAAAAGUACUACGACAUGAUGCACUCACUGCUUCGUUGGGCAUGGCCUCUUGGCCAUCAUCUCACCACUAUCGCUCAGCCCUAA